CCGCGGGGGCCACCCUUCCCUGGCGCGGGCUGGGGGACCAGCGCCCACAUAGAACUCUGCUUCUCCUUUUGUAGGAUUUCCUUAUUAGGUUGGGAAGCCUUUGAAGAAAAAAGGGGGGCAGUAGAAACUAAAAGAGAUUCCGUGAAUUAGAAUCUGAAUUGACUCACGUCUUUAUUUUUAUUUGUUUUUUUUUUUAUUUAUUUUUUUAUUUUUUAUUUACUUAUGAUAGUCACAGAGAGAGAGAGAGAGAGAGAGGCAGAGGCACAGGCAGAGGGAGAAGCAGGCUCCAUGCACCGGGAGCCCGACGUGGGAUUCGAUCCCGGGUCUCCAGGAUUGCGCCCUGGGCCAAAGGCAGGCGCCAAACCGCUGCGCCACCCAGGGAUCCCUAUUUUUAUUUAUUUUUUUUUUUAAAGAUUCUUUUAAAUCUAUUCAUGACAGAGAGAAAGAGAGAGAGGCAGAGACACAGGCAGAGGGAGAAGCAGGCUCCAUGCACUGGGAGCCCCAUGCGGACUCGAUCCUGGAGCUCCAGGAUCUCACCCUGGGCCAAAGGCAGGCGCUAAACCGCUGAGCCACCAGGGAUCCCUGACUCACGUCUUUACUUCAGGCUAAUUAUCCUCUUGGGCCUUCCCACGUCAGUGACCCCACAGCGACACGUCCCGAACUGCCCGGCCUGGAAACCUCUGUAUCCCCAGAGAUGCGUUCACACACGGAGUCCCGCUCUGUCCCACACUAGCCCCGUUUAUGCGCCUCCUAAAUAUUGCAGGAAUCUGGCCCCCUGUCUGCAUCCUCGCCACCACUUCCCUGGCUACGCCCCUGUCACCCGUCCUGCAGGGGACGAGUGGAGUUUUCACUGGGUUUCCUGCCUUCAGGAUCGCCCUCUGUGGUGCCUUCUCCAUGCUGCCUGCAAGUGAUUCUAGAAAGUAAAUGUGACCACGUCACCACCUAGUUCAUUUGAAACAUUUCAGUGCCCGUUCUGUGGGGCUGAACUUGCUAAUAAGGGUGGUGUAUGAGGACUGCAGCAUGGUUAACCUGACGGCUCCCUACAUGUCGGGCUUCCUGGCCUUCCGAGAGGUGCCCUUCCUGGUGGAUGCGGUGCAGCGGCUGCGGGAGAAGGAGCCCCACAUGGUGCCCCAGGUCCUCUUUGUGGAUGGAAAUGGGGUUCUCCACCACCGAGGCUUCGGGGUGGCCUGCCACCUUGGCGUCCUCACGGACUUGCCCUGCAUUGGGGUGGCCAAGAAACUCCUGCAGGUGGACGGGCUGGAGAACAACGCCCAGCACAAGGAGAAGAUACGACUUCUACAGGCUGAAGGAGACACCUUUCCUCUGAUAGGAGGCUCUGGGACUGUCCUGGGCAUGGCCCUGAAGAGCCACAGCCACAGCAGCAAGCCCCUGUACGUCUCCGUGGGCCACAGGAUAAGCCUGGAGUCCGCUGUACACCUGACCCGAAGCUGCUGCAGGUUCCGGAGCCCGGAGCCCGUGCGCCAGGCUGACAUCCGCUCUCGAGACUACAUCCGCAGGACCCUGGGAAGCCCCAGGCCCCCCACACCAGGGCAAGAGAGAAGUUCCAGUAGGACAUUGGAUUCCAGUGGCGAGGGCAGGCGUCCUUGUCUGGCUCCCGAUUUUAGGAAGAACCUCUCAGUCCCCCAUGAGGAUGGCGUGGGCCGCGGGCUCUUCAGGGACGCCCUUUUCAGGUUGAAGGAGCUUCCUUCUGUUCCUAGUCUGUGUCUUUAUCACGAGCGGGGCUUGGGUUUGUCCGCUGCUCUCUGCACCUGUCGAAGCGAUCGCCUUCCUUCACUCCGUCAUGUGCCGUGCUGCAUGGGUUACGUUGUCAUAUUUUGAGCCACUCUGCAUUUCUGAAAUA